GAUAGUUUGUAAUUAGCUGUCUCCGUCUUCAGAGAUCCUGGGACAGACUCCUUGGAGGUAGUCUAUGUAGUCUCGCUACUGUAGCUACUGACAAAACUUGGGUGUUAUUCUGGAUUUUUUUUCCCUUAACAUAAAUUUGUGACCCAAAUUUCACUGCUUUCAGCUUCACUUAAACACCACAGACAACUAUGAACAUGUGAUUUUUAAAAUGUGUUAGUCUGGAUUUUCCAUCUGUGGGUCCCAGAAACUCCUGCUACACACUGGAACUGAGCAAAGACAUUCAAAAGACUUUUCAGCUGCCAGGGGUGUCUUGAGAAGUUGAACAGAUUCAUGGGGAAGACACUGACAAUAGGUCUGACUCUUUUCCUAACACUCUGUCUGGACAUACCAGAAGUUGGUGGACGGAAGGAGGGAGUCAAUGGCGAAAACACUCAGAAACGUUCAUCGCGAUCGUCAGAUACAAAAGGAGGUCGUUGCUCCUACACCUUCAUUGUUCCACAGCAAAAACUGACAGGAGCACUGUGUUUGAACACGCAGUCUGCUACUACCAACCACUCUGAGGUGGCAGUGCUGCGGGCAGAGCUCAGACGACAGCAGGAACAGCUGGAGAAGCUCCGGGGACAACUGGACCAGGAGGGGGCCCUUGCCAUGGAGGUAAGAGCCCUGCGCAAAGAGAGUAACAGCAUGAAUUCUCGCAUUGCCCAGCUCUAUGCCCAGUUGCUACAUGAAGUCAUACACAAAAAAGACCAGGCUAUGGAGCAGCGAAGGGUGGAGAACCUCCUGCUAAAUGCUACAACACAGGCACUGCAGGUGUCCAGUAAUUACAGGGAGUUGGAGAAGAAAUACGGAGCCCUCACCUCUAUGAUGAGCUCCCAAAACCAGUUUAUUGCUCGGCUGGAGAAGCAGUGCCAGUGCCGGGACUCCAACCACCAAUCCUCUCUAGUGAUGACUGAGCCGCCAAAAAGCCAGUCUAAUGUGCAUCCUAAUUACAGCUCUGAAGCCAACGAAAUGACCAAUGAUGUUCAAAGGGACCAAAGUGCUCCUCCACUACAACAGGAAAAGACACGGGGAGUCCAUUCCCUCCCCACCACGACAGCUAACACUCCUACAGACCCUCCUUUCAUUAGCUUCCCUGUCACAAAGACUCCAGGGCCAUGGCGCGACUGCCAGCACGUACUGGAAUCGGGUGAGACCACCAGCGGGAUCUACCUGUUGCGCCCGCAGAGCGCUAAUCGCCUAAUGCAGGCUUGGUGUGAGCAGAGCCGUGUUCAGGGAGGGUGGACGGUCAUCCAGAGAAGACAGGAUGGGUCGGUCAACUUCUUCAGAACCUGGGAGCAAUACAAGCAAGGCUUUGGGAACCUAGAUGGAGAGUACUGGCUCGGCUUGGAACAUCUCUACUGGCUGACGAAACAGGCCCAAUAUAAACUACGGGUGGCUCUGGAAGACUGGCAGGGCCGCCAGGUGUUUGCUGAGUAUGACAGCUUCCACCUGGAACCGGAGAGUGAUUGGUACCGACUGCGGUUAGGACAGUACCAGGGCAAUGCAGGGGAUUCCCUCUCAUGGCACAACAAUAAAGCCUUCACCACUCUGGAUCGAGACAAAGACAGCUAUACGGGUAACUGCGCUCAUUACCAGAAAGGAGGCUGGUGGUACCACAUGUGUGCCCACUCCAAUCUGAAUGGUGUGUGGUAUAGGGGUGGACAUUAUCGCAGCCGCUACCAGGAUGGGGUCUACUGGGCAGAGUUUCAUGGAGGGUCCUACUCUCUCAAACGAGUUUCCAUGAUGAUCAAACCAACAUAACAUAGUUGUGGACAUGUGGGAAGGAAAUGUGAUAAACUGAUUUAUUAAUCAUGCUCAUAUACCUGUAGAGGGAAUUAAACAAUGUUAAUAUGUCUGUUUAAGAAAAUUAUCUUCAGAUGUUUAUUUGAAGCCUAUCACUGACAUAUAUAUAGACUGUGAAUCACUGGAUGACGACUAACAUGUUGUGUUAAUCACAACUUAAUGUUUGCUACUUCAGGCGCUUGCACUUUUGCUCACUUGCACCAUAUUAUAGCACAGGGGUCCCCCUCGCUAAUAUGUUCAAUUCAUGUUAACACGUUUUUAAAGACAUUUAAAUUUGUGGGAAGAAAAUGGGGGAAAAAAUAAAAAAAUGAACUUAAAAAAACUGUCUAAUCAACCAAAAAAUCACGACCCCCCUGCAGUACCUCCGCGGACCCCCUAGGGGUCACGGGCCCCCUGUUGAAGACCUCUGUUAUAUCACAUAAAUUUUAACAUAAUAAUGUUAACAUAAAUCCAAAAAACUACUCUUACACUGUUGUCCGUCAAUUUUGAACAAACGGCGCCAUACGGACGGAGGACAACGCCUCAACAACAGUUAAAAACAUACAAUAAAUACUGACAUUAAAUAUUCCAUAAAUAGAAUCAUAUAUUUGUCCCAAAUGUGCAAAUAUGCAGUGUGCAAAGUGUUAUGUGCAUGUUAUUCUUCUAAUAAAGUGCCUGACGUUAAUAACGUACAUUGUUAUUUGUAAAAAAUACAAUUAAUUCCAAAUCCCCCAUCGUACAAUAUUUACAGCCACACCCAACAAUCACUUAAUGAAGCCCUUCGUUACACAUGUAUUGACAAUCUUUGUGUUGCAAUUUCUUGACAAAAUUAGAUGUUUUCCAAUUUGCAAUGUGUUUUUCGGUAACAUUAUGCCAACUUAGUUCCUGUAUGAAAGUUUUAAGAACACAGUCUUUGAAAAGACGCAACGAUUUCUCAAAAUGUGGGAGGAGACCACAUCAUCAACGGUUCCUGCGUUAUGUUUCCGUUUCUUGUUAACAGGGGCGUGGAACUUCCCCUUGUAUUCCGUCUUUUUUUUCACCUUGAGAUCGUGCAUCUGUCACAGCAAGUUACCAUCAUUAGGACCAGCUCUGAGCCAGAAUUAAUCCAGUCCAGGUCCUGAGGCUGGACAACCUCUGGACGAUUGCGAAACACACUUGUCCUCUUCCAUCCACCUCCUUCCUCACGUAUGCUGAUCUUGCAGAGUGACUUCAAGGAUGUUGUGCCUUCUCAUGCUCAUGGUUUUACUGUAUGGUGUGGACAGUACAUGCACGAACGAAACUCUCAUCCUGGAUCCUUCUGAGGUCAUAGAAGAAUUUGGAAAGGUGGUCUCGGCAAACUGCACCAGCUUACUUGAAGAUCAUGUUGGGAUGUACUGGUCAAAUGGGACUA